AUGAAAGCCGCCAUCUUCCGCAGAGCCCACGAGCCGCUCCAGAUCGAAUCGGUUACGGUCGACAAACCGCGCGACCGCGAAGUCCUGGUGCGUACCGCUGCCACGGGCGUCUGCCACAGCGACCUGCACUACGUCGACGGCGACCUGCCGCCGCGUGACCACCCCAUGGUCAUGGGGCACGAAGGGUCCGGCGUGGUCGAGGCCGUGGGCAGCGCCGUCACCACCGUUAAGCCCGGCGACCAUGUGGUCGCCUGCCUGUCCGGCUUUUGCGGCGCCUGUCCGCAGUGCCUGAGCGGGCAUCCCAACGUGUGCGCCACCGGCUACGUGAGCCGCGCAUCCGCCACGACGCCACGCCUCAGCCUCGACGGCGAGCCCUUGAUUCCCUUUGCCAACGUCGGCAGCUACGCCGAGCAGAUGCUGCUACACGAGAACUCGCUGGUCAAAAUCGACCGCGACAUCCCCCUGGACCGCGCUGCGCUGGUCGGCUGCGGCGUGCUCACCGGCGUUGGUGCUGCGCUGCGCACCUCGGGCUUGCAGGCCGGGCAGACCGUCGCCGUGUUCGGCUGCGGCGGGGUCGGCCUGUCGAUCAUCCAGGGUGCCCGCAUCGGCGGCGCCAGCCGCAUCAUCGGCAUCGACAAGUUUCCCGCCAAACUGGAGCGCGCCCACAGCCUCGGCGCCACCGACGUCAUUGAUUCCAGCAAAGGAGACACCGUCGCCCAGUUGCGUGAGCUCACGGGCGGGCAGGGCGUCGAUCACGCCUUUCGAGGCUGUCGCGCCAUCCGGCCCGAGUGCAAGGUGCAGACCUCACGCAUGGGCUCCAACCAGUUCCGCACCGACAUCCCGCGCUACCUGGAGUUCUACCGCCAGGGGCGCCUGAAUCUCGACGACAUGGUGAGCAAACGGGGCCGUCUGGAGGACAUCAACGAAGCCUUCCGGGCCAUGAAGGCGGGCGAAGUGGCGCGCAGCGUGUUGACCUUCGACGGGGCGUGUUGA